AUGCGGCUCCUGGGCGUGGUGCGUUGCGCCUUCCUUGCCUUGAUUGUACCUGCCGUUCUGUCGACUCUCUGGCUCUAUCUAUACCCCGUCGUCCAGAACUGCCACUUUUCGGCUUCUCAACAACAUGGCAUAGCACCUUUUCGACUCCUUGCCCUCGGCGACCCGCAAUUGGAAGGAGACACGUCUCUUCCUGACCCUAAUGCCCCUCUGUUUCCUGGCCUUGUAGGUCUGCGUCACCGCUUGUGGACCGAACCACUGGACAUCGCUGCACGCACCCUGCGACGAACCGUCAAGGACAUCGUUACAAGAGAUAUUCCACGAUUGGUACAGACGGAAAGAAAGAAGUUGGACCUUCUAGGCAACGACUACUAUCUCGCACAUAUAUACCGCAGCACCAAAUGGUGGACCCAGCCAACCCACGUCUCUGUACUGGGCGAUCUGUUGGGCAGCCAGUGGAUAAGCAAUGACGAGUUCGAUCGACGAGCCGACAGGUUCUGGAAUAGAGUCUUUGCCGGUGCUCACUUUUGGAGACACGAUACGCCUGAGGAAGAGCUCGGAGGCACACCUGUCUGGGACUUUGUCGACAACUUAAAUGCCAGUCAGACGCCUGCUCUGCUCAACGUGGCUGGAAAUCAUGACAUCGGAUAUGCUGGUGAUAUUGAUCAUCACCGUAUCCAUCGCUUCGAACGCGCCUUUGGCCAGGUCAACUGGCGCAUCAGAAUUCCCUUCUCGAAUCUAACAUCAAAUCUGACCACGCAAUUGCACCUGGUGAAUCUCAAUUCGAUGAACCUGGACAACCCUGCUUGGAACCAGGAUCUGUAUCACGCGACGCAUGACUACCUGGACAGUGUCAUCGACGAUACAGGUGCACGUGAUCCUCGAGACGCCGUGGUCUUGCUUACACAUGUUCCUCUGUACAAGCCGGCUGGUGUCUGUGUCGAUCCUCCUUUCUUCAGCUACUUUGAACCACACCAUGGCGGUGGUAUUCGCGAACAGAAUCAUCUUAGUCGAGAGUCAAGCGAGAAAAUACUGAACGGCCUCUUCAGACUACCGAGUGGGAGCAAGCGAGCGGGUAUUGUGCUCAACGGUCACGACCACGAAGGAUGCGAUACAUGGCACGACCGUAUUGAUACUGAACAGGAGCAAUGGAAUUCGACCAGGUUCCUUGCACCGAAUACAACCACGAACGGUAUCCGAGAGGUCACCGUACGUAGCAUGAUGGGUGACUAUGGCGGAAACGCCGGUCUGCUCUCUGCAUGGUUCGACGCCAACGAUGGCAUGUGGAAGUUCGAGUAUGCUACUUGUGCACUUGGCAAACAGCACAUAUGGUGGGCUAUACAUGUCAUUGAUCUUGUUGUGAUCAUACUGGGUAUUGCGUACAGCAUGCUACAGCUUCUCGAUCUGAUUAGACCAUCAAAACCUGUCUUUAAUACAGAGAAGAAGAACAAAUGA